GUUUGCUCAGUUCUCAGCACUGAGACUGUAAUGUAAAAGGUGACGGGAAAAGACGUGAAGAAAGUGGACUAGUGCGUCAAGGUGUUUCCCCUUUCACGGUGUUCACGCUUCACACCUAUUCAUCUCCAUACUGCUAAAAAUACACCAUAGCUACCAGACACAGAUCCGAAAAGUACACGAAACACAAGUGCAGCUACUGUACAAAAACGAGCGUUUUUUCGCUUUGUUUUUGCUUCUUUUAUUCUCACUUUUUUUCCGUCUCUGUUCUUCCCACCCGUGGCUACACUCAGAAAGGGGAAAUCCUCUGACCUCCUCCUCCUAUUCCAGGAAGUCGCAAGACAUUUGACUACGUCCCAUCGGGAGGUUUUAGAGAAUUAUUUUGGAUUAGAUUUUGCACAACACACUAGAUCGCGUUUUAAUAUCGACCCGAAGAUUGUGAACAACAACAACAACAACAAAAAAAAAUGUCGGUGAAUGAAGCGAAGCACGCGCUGGAUUUACCCUUCUCACCAUUGGACAUAGAGCUGCACGCGCGCACACUCAUUCAUGAAGGAGGGAUGUUCAACCUUUGCGUGUUCUCACACAGGGUGUAAAAUUUUGAAAUUGUGUAGCCAGGGGUCUCUGGUGUCCCACUCCAAAUACAAUGCUCCCCCUGAGGAUUCUGCUUAUCGCAGUGCUGCCUCUGCUGGUCCUGAGCACCACGUCUGAGCAGUGCUCUUUUGAAACCUCCACUCAUCACAAUUCUCCUGUCCUGGCGUCUUUGCAAUGUUAUAAUGACUUCACCACUCAGAUGCGCUGUACCUGGGAGGAGGAGCCACACACACACACACACAUGCCAAUAAUCGAUAAACGUCCGUGUGUCCCUAAUGGUCAAGGUGAGCUGCAGUCUAAUGGAAAGCGCACCCGGAGUUGUGUCUAUAAAACUUUCUUUAGCAUGGGCGACCACGAACUCUUCUUCAACACAUCCUGCCCUUCUAAAGUGACAACAUUUAAUAUAGCUGAAGAAGGCAAGAUCCUGUCCCCAACUAAUUUUUCUGAGAAAAAAUCUAUUGAUGGUAACCGAGUGCUGAGCUGGAGCAGCCCGUAUCCUCCCUCAUCCCCUCUCACACAAAAUCUUACCUACCAGCUGAAGUACCGAAAACAUAAACAUGACUGGACUGUGGUAGAUAAUAUCAGCGACACAAAGUUUGUUAUCGAUAGUCGGAUGCUCUUGCCGGCCUACAUAUAUGAAGCUAGGGUGCGAGCGCGGGGUCCUGUAGGCCUGUGGAGCGACUGGAGCCCCACGGUUUCCUGGAUGACUGACGAAGACGGUGUCAUUAACCUGCAGUGUGUAAUUAAGGAAGGAGGAGUGACAUGUAGCUGGCAGGUGAAGAAACAUCAGGCCGAGUUCCUCUCGUAUCAUCUGUGUGGCCAAACCAAUGGAACAAGUGUGGAAUGUAAUCACUGUGACAGUCAUGCUGAGCAUCCUCACUCUAGACCCCUUCUGGAUUUUACAUGUUCAUUGAAUAGUUCUGAACCUGCACUGCUGAAUGUAGAGAUCAGAAGCUUACGAAAGGCCAAGAGGUUUAUUGACACUGACAACGUUCAGCCGCCACGGCCACCCAAAUUAGAAGCGCAUAAGAAGGAUAGUGUUUGGAGGCUGAACUGGACCCGACCUAGUGUUGAUGAAAACCUCUAUCUCUUCUAUCAGGUGUACCUCGAAAGCAAUCACACAAAGGAUAAAAUGCAAUUCGAUACCCCUGGAGAAGAUUGCAGUGCAAAUGUUCCCUCCUCCCUGUUGCCUUCUACGUGCUACAUGGCCAGGGUGAGAGCACAUCCAGACAGAAUAUUUGCAGGUCUACCCUCUGACUGGUCUGAUCCUGUAUACUUCACCACUGAUCCAGCUCCCUGGAUCAACACCAUAAUUUACGUCUUGAUGGCUGCAUUAGUAGCCAUGCUUUUCAUCAUCUUGUAUAACGCCCUUCCAGCCUGCCACAGGAGACUAGUACUGUGGAACGUAUCCAUUCCUUCUCCCAUUAACAGCAAAGUCCUGGGGGAAAUGAGCAAUAAGAAAUUUCUUGCUUCUGAGGCCAGUGCAUGCACUGACAAAGAGAAAACCUCUGUGUUUGUCAUACAGACUUCAGAUAACCCUAUCAUCUAUAAGGGCAGUAUCUGUGAGUACCCACUCCUGAAAUGCAGCAGUGACAUGGACUUGGGCCUCAGCAAGAGCGAAUCAGGAUGGCCACAAAGCUCAAGUCAGUUGUCCUUAUUCACAGAGGGGAGCAGAAUGACAGACAAAUCUGGUGUUAGCUUCGUUGGACCUUACAUCCUUUGCCGCGAGGACUCUUCGGUGCCAAGUGAAACUUCGGACACAUCUGUCUCUCCCCUCCUAACUUUCCAUGAUGAUGGAAGGUACAUUUCUGAAAACCCCAAAGAUUCUUUGCCAAUAAAAGGAGGCUACGUUUUAUCCCCUCCCAAAAGCCCAAAUUCAGACUGCUCAACCCCUAUCAAUAAUCUUCCUAGUGAGAACAGAGAGACCAGGAAGACCGAGCUCCCUAACGAUGAUCCUCCAGCAUACACCCCAAGUCCAAUUGCGGUGUCCAGUGUCAUGUUUUCUCACCCGUCUGGAUACUGUCUGAUGCCCAACAUGGAGAGUGUUGCUGCGUGGGUGUCUGCUUCUGUCCCUCCACCAGAGGGCAACACAGAGAGAAGGAUGCAUGAGAUUACAGGAAAUUCAGCUGAGCGCAGCUAUGUGACACUUUCUCAGCGUGGACUAUUUCAGUGAUAACGGCACAAAUGAAAAUACUAAGACCAGAAGCUAACAAUUCAAGACCACAAGUGAAUGAGGUAUCCUGACCAUGCAUUCUGUAACUUACUUAAUAUAUUGUAGGAACUAGCCUACUAGGGUCAAUAUUUUCAUGGUGUAAAUGGUGACAUCGAACCCAUUCAUGGCCCAAGUGUUUCUUCAUAAGCAUCUAAAAAUUUGAAGGUGUUAUCUUCAAUCACUAAAACUCUGUUGUAUCCCAACACAGGGGAAAAACCAUGUCUUACACUGAAAGCUAACAGUGUUCUGACUCAUUUUAUAUCAGACAUGAAGCGAUAAAAUCAUUCAUUUGUUUUAACUGAUUUAAAAUGUCGAUUUCUAUUCUGCCGGCAGAAUGAAGUGUCACUGUACUGUUAAGAAGGGUUAAUGAUUGGACAGAAACGGGCAAAACAUUUAGGGAUUUGAAAAAAUUCCCUGAAGAUAAUGUGGACUUUAUAUCCAUAAAGCAUUCCCUGUGACUCCAGUAGGUCUACGCAUCAUUCCAAGCCUGAUGUCAAGUUAAAGUUCCUGCGGCUACAGCGAUCGAAAUCUACUUAAUUUUUAUGUGUCUCAUUCAUUUUCUGAGAAAUAUCUUUUGCCUUAAUGGCCUUCACUUCACUUCUCCGUCUCUGUAUUGAUAAAUCCAAAGCUAAUAUCUUUCUUUUAACUUCAAACUGUCUCAAAGCCCACUGCUCUUUUCUUGGGCUAAUUCAUGGGGCAAUAAUACGAUAUAGCUCACAAGGUCAGAUGAUUUCUGGGAAAAAAAAAAAAAAUCUCAAAACAGCAACCUUUUCUAUGUGUGAAUGAUGUAAAACUUUAAGUAGUAGUUAUGUUUCUGUAUCAUGCCAUGAUGUCCAGCAGAGGGCAGCGCUGGUGGACUUUGUGAGCCCAACUCAUUCUCUGUCUGUCUCUGUAUUAUGUUGCACAUUGAGUUAUGUGGUUAUUCAAAGAUCCUGAGCUGUAGUUUCUGUACCUGUGACUAUGAAUGUAAGCUUUUAUGUAUAUGACUUAUAUUUGAGCGUGUGCUAAGUGUAUAAUGUUUAAUACAGGUUAUAAUUAUUUAAAAUCCGAGAAAUGUACCGAUUCAUUAACUGAGAUAUUUGCUAAAUACUGCUGUUUAGUACGUGUUGUUGUACGAAGGUCUCUGUUACUGCAAGCCACAAACUGUUUUGUUUGUAAAUGUAUGUGUGUAUAUGCAGUACUGUGCACAAAUCUGAGACACGCUGCAUUAUUUUGAAUGUAAAUUGCAAAUAGACAUGCAUAUAUUAUGGCAACUGCAUUAGUGUAACAGUAGAGAAAGAACUGUUUUUUUUUUUUUAAGAUAUAUGAUAACCGUUUGUUUUUUAAAGAUAUAUGACACAAUCUCAGCUUUCAAUUAUUUUCAUGUACUGCACUUUAUUCAUGAAAACAUGAAUAAACAAAGAAAUAAAUAAAAAUAGAACAGUUUUAGCAUUGAAGCCCAUAAUAAACAUAGCCGCUUUAUUAGGAAGACCAAUCAGCCAAUCAUACGACAGCAGCACAAAUGCAUGAAUCAUGCAGUUACAAAAGUUUUAGUUAAUGUUUGUUAAUGUCAGAAUGGGGAAAAGAUGUGAUCGCAGUGACCUUUAGCAUGGUACGGUUGUUGGUGCCAGAUGGGUGGGUUUUGGAAAUUGCUGAGGGCCUAAGAUUAUUUGAUCUCUAGAGCUGACACAGAAUGGAGUAAAGUUAUGUUGUGGGCAGCAAAAUCCUGGUAAAUGAGAGAGGUCAGAGUCGAAUACACUGACUGGAUGAAGCUGAUCGGAAGGAUACAGUAAUUCAAGUAAACACUCUUUACAACCAUAGGGAGCAGUAAAGCAUCUCAAAAUGCACCACACAUCAACCUCAUUGGGACUUUAUGUGACUGUUUAUACUGCUAAUAGCUAGAAAUGACUGUUA